AUGCAGGCUACCGCGAGGGCCCCUGAGGCUAGUGGAGGACACACGACACGCAAGGGCCAUGUCGCCCAUCUGUCAAUCAGCGACCCCAGCCACCAUGUGACAGAAGCGAUUGGUCAUAUGUAUGACGAUGACUACGAACCGAACGAGUCCCGACGACUGAGCUAUAUAACCUCCGCUUCCAGCGAGUCUAUCACGACUGUCCAACGGCAAGAUGCCGGCUCCGAUCCUUUGUUAUCGCCGUCGAGAGCGACGCAUAGAUCUCCCACUGCGGAACAGUUCACGCAACCCAAUGGCAAUCUGCGGCCACCGCUCGUUGGCCAACGAUCCUUCGAUCGAGACAGCGAACCCGGGUCUCCCGACUCGAUCCGUCCCCCCUCCGAAACGGCGAGGUCAUCAUUUCCUCUGAACGAUAUCGAAUAUGAAUCGAACCCGGCUGCAGUCGUCCAGGAGUUGAACAACUUGGCGGCCAUUCGGCGUAUGUCCAUGGACGUCGCAGCAGCGGGUGACCCUGACCUUCCCUCCUUUGGCGGCAAUAUGUCGAUACCCUCUCUGCCUCCAUCACCCUCCGCCGACGAGAACGAUGCGUCCAGGUUGUUCUGGGUCCCGGCUAGCUUGCAUCCCGAGCUUGCGCCGCAGGAGUUUCGAAGUUUCCUCGAAAGUAAAGCCGAUAUCAUCAAGCGGAAGUCGGGCGAGUUCUCUACCGUUCCGGCUCAGGGCCAGGGCCAGGGAUUCGAUGUCGCUCUUCGUCGAAAACGGUCCAUGUUGUCUCGACAGAUCGAGGAUUCCAACGGAUACCGAGACGGCGCGGAGCGAUUGGAGCGGCAACGUUCACAAUCUAGUCGCCGGGCAGCCAUGCUGAGUCCAAAUCUGCAAGAGCUGGAGACUUUGGUGGACGACACCACACCGGACGACAAGGACCCCGUGGUACGGGGACUUCAAAACAUGACUAUUGUGGCCGAGGAAGACCAGCCGAUACUACCGCCCGCGCCGCCGGGCCACAGUCUGCGGCGAUCGACCCGGACACAGUAUAAAAAGGCGAGCUUGAAGAAGGGUGAAAAGGUCCCGUAUUCCAAACGUGUUGGCAGGGCGCUCUCAGAAUCGACCCAAACGCGGCCUUCCUCGGUGGCCUCUCCAUUGAAUGAGCAGGCUGACCCGGGAGUCGCUCGCGCAUCUACCGAUCCAACGUCUGCUGCCGAGCGGGCAAUGCGAUCGCCGUCAAUUUCGUCUCAGGCCACAGGACCUGCACCAAGCUCUCCCGUUGGUUCGACCUUCAAUUCGUCUAUUGGGGGUUCAGAGACUGAUCGACAUGAUCAGUCGUUCUCUCAUUCCCAGUACGAUUCAUCGUAUGGUCGUCCUGGUUCCGCUGGCAGUGAUGCAACCUCUCAGUCACGUCAAUGGCAUUCAGGUAUCAGCUCGAACGGCCGCUCAACCUCGGUGACUCCUACGUCUGACCACAAAAUCCCUGCAAUCGUUGAAACACCGCCUCCUGAAAGUAGUCCGGCACCGCUAAGUCCAAUUGCGCAGCCACCGUUGUCCCCGGAUCGCGACACCAAUCCUCCUCUUCCUGGCAAAACUUCUCCAGUGCUCCAUGCUGCACCUGCCAAGCGGCCUCCUUUGAACCGACAUUCGGGCAAAGAGUCGAGCUAUAAGCUUGAAGAGCUGGCCAACCAGCCGCAGAUGAUACCAGGCAACAGCACGAGAACAGACAGUCUCUCCUUUAUUCCCACAGUAACGGAAGAACGGAAAACGGAAGACCGCAAGUCAGAAGGGAAGAAAUCGAAGAAAGACUCGGAAGGUCGAAAAUCCAGCUGGCACUGGUUAAGAGGUAGCGAGGAGAAAGAGAAGAAGAAGGAGAAGGAAAGUGAUGCAAAGAAGAACAGAUCCAAGUCAAACGAUAAGCCCCUGGCACCUGCACGAAUCGAGGUGCCAGCGGCCGCGGAAAAUGUCCCGAAAGGCAGAGAAAGUCUUGUUCUGGAUCGCCUGGAUCCCAAAUUGGAGGAUGAGCGGCGCAAGGAUGGUGUACGCCGUGCAUCUGGUGACUCCAAGAAGGAAAAAGAUGGUAUUUUCUCAUCCAUUUUUGGCGGUGGGCGCAAGAAGCACAGCGGAGAGAGCCAUCAUCGCAAGAAUUCGUCCCGAGGUCUCUCUCCGGAGCCACCGGCCCGUCAACUACGACCUGAUAUCGACUACCCCUGGACUCGGUUUACCAUGCUGGAAGAGCGGGCUAUCUACCGCAUGGCCCAUAUCAAGCUAGCCAAUCCUCGACGAGCCCUCUAUUCUCAAGUGCUGCUGAGUAACUUUAUGUACUCCUAUCUGGAGAAAGUUCAGCAAAUGCAUCCUCACAUGGUUGCCUCGUCGAACUCCCAAAGGUCAACGAAAUCUCGUGAACAGUCUGAAGAAUAUCAACAAUAUCAACGAUACCAGGAGCAGCAGCAGCAACAUCAGCAGCAGCAGCAGCAGCAGCAGCAGUACGGGGACUCUGGAUACGGUGAUUCGAUGUAUGACUAUGAGGAAGAUCAGCAGGAUCACUAUCAGAACAGCGGAAGAUCUAGCCAGCAAGGUUAUGACAAUGGCCAGCACUACAACUCGGGCUCCUAUCAGCAUGGUCACUCAUCUUUUGGAGAUGAUUGUCAGCUUGAUGACGAUGAAGAAGAUGACAUGUGGGGGACGGGGCCCAGGCGCUGA